GAUUUGAGCUGUACUCUGACACCGAUAAAUAAAUCCCUUUCAGUACCGAGAUCUCUGAACAUUAAGAACAAGAUUACCCGUCGAGGAGAAGGAAGCUCCCCGGAUCUCGCAGAGCGAUGGAUCAGUAUUCCCCUGCCACCUUCGCCGCCGGAAUCGCAGGGAACGUGUUCGCCUUCGUGCUGUUCGUGUCGCCGGUGCCGACGUUCGGGAGGAUCGUCAGGAACCGGUCGACGCAGGAGUUCUCGGGCUCGCCGUACGUGUACUCGCUGAUGAACUGCUUGAUCUGCAUGUGGUACGGGAUGCCGUGGGUGGCCGGCGUCGUGCUCGUCGCCACCGUCAAUUCCGCCGGCGCCGCCUUCCAGAUGGCUUACGUCGCCCUCUUCCUCUUCUACGCGGACCGAACCAGAAAGAUAAGGAUUGCAGUGAUGCUCAUAGCUGUUCUUUGCGCCUUCGCGGCUAUUGUUUACCUAAGCUUGGAGUUCUUAGAUAAGCCAGCGUGGAAAGCAUUAGUCGGAUACUUGAGCGUUGCUUCACUGAUCUCCAUGUUUGCUUCUCCAUUGUUCAUCAUGAAUUUGGUGAUCAGGACUAGAAGUGUGGAGUUCAUGCCAUUCUACUUAUCCCUUGCCACAUUCUUGAUGAGCCUAUCUUUCUUUGCAUAUGGAGGGCUAUUGCAUGACUACUUCAUAUAUAUUCCAAAUGGGAUUGGAACUCUAUUGGGUGCCGUGCAAUUGCUCGUGUAUGGCUACUACAGCAGGAAAACAGAAGAGGAGUCUACUUUGCCAUUGUUGCCUUGAAAAUAAAUAAAUAAAUAGAAUGUGUAUUCAUUAAUUAUUCUUUUGAUUUGAUUGAUGAAUCAAAUAAUUGGGGGCAAACAUUAUUUUGAUCUUCGUCAUCUGUAUCAAUAAAAUAAUUAUUUAAAUUUGAUUUAUUAUUUUUUUUGGU